AUGAACCCUUCAACACCAAUGUCGAGAAGAAGAUUAUCAUAUAGCAUACCCCAGUCGGAAAGUGCAAAGGAUGAAUCUGUCACAGUAUUGAAAGAGAUCUAUAGCACUAUUAGGUAUGAUUGGCCACGUAUAUUGGAGGACAAUGCCAACCCAAUAGAACUAGCCAUUUCAUUAUUAGAUGAUAGUUCAGUUGGCUUGGCCCACCGACUUGAUGAAUUCAAAAGACUCAAGAAACUGACUGAGGGGUCAUUAAGACGUGUUGUCCAUGAACAUUAUGAGUUGUUUAACAAUAGUAUUGGAUCCUACCAUAUGUUGUUGUCGACUUUGGACAAGUCGCAACAGGAUUCAGAAAGUAUUAAAAACUUCCUACAAACAUCGAAUAAAGAAAUGCAUGAUAGGAGUGCUGUGUUGGGAGAAUUGUCCGAAGCUUCGGCGAGAUAUGCUGAACUGAUUGACAUAAUUGAUGCCAUACGAGAAAUGAACAAGAUACCUGGUCAAGUAGAGCAAUUGAUCAAUGAGAAGAAACUUCAUGAGGUGUACGAUGUUAUUGCAAAUGGGUACAAGACGGCUGAGCGUUAUAGUUUGUGGUCUUUACCUGCAAUGAGUGAUAUAAAGUUCUAUCUCGAGCAACAAUCGAACAAGUUGUAUGAUAUGAUUAUUGAUGAGUUGCAGAAUGAAAUAUAUCUGAAAAAUAACAGCUCUAUAUCCAAUACUGGUGUUUCCUUAUGGCAGUCCAUUAUAGACUCUACCAGUCCACAAAUGGCAUCUUUUAAAGCUUUGUUGAAGCUGGAGAAUUUGGAACAGUAUGUACAUAACUCAGCCAACUUGGAUAUUUUGGAAGUGGUCGACUAUUUGACUGCUCCAGUAAGUGGCUUCUUGACUCUGCAAUUACCGGAUUUGCACGAAAAUGGUUUGAAAAAUGAUGGAGCAAUUGAUUACACUACUUUAUUAAAGAUGAACACAUCAAAUGAAAGUUUCUACUACAUGUACAUGCUUUUGGUCACUGCCUUUAAAUUGGGUAGGCUACAACAAGUGGUUGAAACGUUGAUUGAGUCAAAUCAACUGGAAUUGCAUGGGUUAAUCAAUAGAGUUACCGAGGAAGUAAAGCUGAGAAAUGGAUAUGCACUUUCUAAACUUAGUAAGAUACAACAUUUUGAGCAAGAUUCGUUGCUUGAUGUAAUGGCACAUAAAAACUUUAGUGAUUCUGCCGUCGUUAUUCUUCAAGAGUUAUUUGGAUCGAUAACUGUGCGAUGUUUACUUGCAUUUCAAAAACACAAGGUUAUUGAAAAAAUUGCGUCGGUUGUGGCACAGGGGCAGAAUGCAAAUUACUCGACCUCAACUGGACAUUCCAAAAAUCUGUUGCGUGUAUGGGAUUCUACCAAAAAAGAGUUACUGAAUUUGAUUAUAAGCUAUAUAUAUGAUGAUGGGGCAUUAGACUCUGGUGUCAAUUUAGUUGAUAAAACAGAUCACAGAAAAGUUCACAAAGCAUUACACCAACGAAACCUAUUCCGUUUUGAAAAUGUUGAUUGGGGCUCUACAAAGUCUGCACAGGAGCUUCAAGAUUCACUUGCUGACAUUUUUCCCGGUUUUCAUAUUGAUGAUACUAAUGAUAAAGAGCUCCUCACUAUGCAAACACCUUAUUUUGAAGAUGAAUCUUUUAAUACCCAAGUUGAAGUGUUGACACCCAAAAAUUUAUUCAACAUGAGAAUCGUUUUGGAACCAUUGCUAAUAUUCGUUGAAGGAUCCCAUAGAAUUUUUACCAAUUUUCAUGGCAAAAAGAAUAGCAGUGAUAAUUUCGCAUUUCAAUUUUUCAGCGAUUUUAUGAAGUCUUCCUUUUUGACGUAUUUUAAAGCGGCUAUUGAUAUGGUAUUUAGUGACCAGGUUGGUGGGACGUAUACUGGUGGGCACGUAAGGUUGAAUGAACCUUCUGGAUUGAAACUUGACGUUAUCACAUUGAGUCAAAAUACCGACUUGGAGUUACUAGAAGAGUCCCGUGCUGAUAAUGAAUCAACUAUUGUGAUUUAUGAAAAUGCAUUUAAUUUCAAGAGAUUGUUUUUGGAACUUUGCCUUAUAUUGAAUACAUCACUUACUUAUAGAGAGGAUAUAUCAGAUACGGUUUUACAAACGUUGCAGAGCUUUGCUACAGAGUAUAGAAAGUUAUUUCAAGACUUGUUAUCAACUGAAGGUGCAAUGAGUAGACCAGUGCUGCAAAUUAGUAAAUGGAUGAAGAUGCAUGCGUUGACUGAGGUUAGUGGAACCAUCAUACUUGAGUUGAACGAGAAGAACAAUGCCAAUUUCACCAACUUUAUUGCUUCUGAGAAUGGUAUGUUGCUUCACGAAAUUCAAAAUUCUGUAAUUAACAAGGAUAAUCUAUUGGAUAGUGAUACAUUUUCCCAUGUUGUUUACUUAUUAUUAACCACUUCAUGGAUUUUGACAUGGUUAACUUUAGUCAGAAAGCAAUCCAAUUAUGGUAUAGGAGAAGAUGGCUCUAACUCCGUUGUUGUUUCCCCCGUUGAAAAACUAAGGUACAAUUGGUCCUUUUUAGAAAAUGGUCGUCCUUCACUUAAUUUCACAACCAAUUCAUUAGACAUCACUCAAAACAAUAUCCUCUUAGCAUUAAGUUCAGAAAAGAUAAUUGAAUUUAACGAUGUGAUUGCGUAUUUUGAAGGUAUUCGUGAUCAAACAUUGUUAGCAUUAAGGUAUGAGUUGAGAAGUAAAGCCAUUUAUUAUCUAAAUUUAUCAUUCAAUGUUAUGGAUUGGGUCCCUACUACUGAACCUGGGGAUGCUGAUCCGUAUGUUGUUUCUUUUAAUCAAGAAAUUUUCACUAUUGAUACUAAAUUGACAAAAGCAUUGAAAGUAGAGGAUAAAGAUAGUAUUUUUAUUGGAUUCAGUCAGUUUUUAAACGAUGCCAUGAUUCAAGGCUCUUUUAAAGUUAAGAAGAUUAAUAAUAAUGGUAUUAAACGAGUAUUGUUGAAUAUUUCAACUUUACAACAAAUCUUGCGAAGCUUAUCUACUACUCCUCAAGCUAUUGAUUUUACCAAGUCGUCAUUAUAUUUUGAAAUGUUUACUUUGAAUGAGUUUAGUUUAUUGAAUCGUAUCAAAUCAAAUCGAUCAGAAUAUACUAAACUGCAAUAUCAUAAUUUAGCUAGAUUAAUUUACAGUGAAAAAUUGGCUGACGGAAAUGGUUCUCAGUUUAACAAGGACAAGCAUAAUGACUUAAUUAAAAAAAUUGAUGAAAUAAUAGAAUAA